GCGUUUCCCAGAGCGACGCCCAGGAGGUGGAUGAAGCGACGAACAGGGGGGGUGUGGGAGGAUCUGCGGCAAUGCGACGACGUGACGGAAGACUAUUUCAAGGAGAAGCUGCGCAUGUUGUCACGUGUGUUCCGGGAGAUAGCGGAAGCUUUGUCUCCCUUCCUUCAAUGGCGUGUCACUUUCUAUAGGGAGCCCCUCCAACCUGACCUCAUUGUAGCGUACGCUUUGUACAGAUGGGCGUCGGGGGAGACGUACGAGAGCGGGACAUGCAGCUUCGACAUUGGCAGAAAGUCUGGGUUGGUGGUUGUGCGGGAUGUAACUGCGGCAUUGCUGAGUGCGUACGCCGACAAGAUAUCGUGGCCAACGGGGCUGCUGAAGGCGGUCGUCUUGCGCGCUUUCGCUGACAAGGGUUUCCCCAACUGCCAUGGCUGCAUCGAUUGCACCCACAUCUUCAUCGACAAGCCAGCCAAUUGCCCCGGGGAGGACUACUACGACAGAAAACGCCGUUUCUCCGUCCAGGCUCAGGUGGUCGUGGAUCUCAACUUGCGCGUGCUGGACGUGUUCGUCGGAUAUCAAGGGAGUUGCCACGACGUGAGGAUCGUCCACCUGUCCACUUUAUGGGCGCGCACGGAGGCAGGGGAGCUUUUCGUUUGGUCACCUGUCAUGCUGCCUUUCGGUGUGCGGACGAACCGGUAUCUGCUGGGCGACAACGGUUACCCCCCCUCCGAAUGGGUAGUCUUCCCCUACGGUGGUCUAUCACAGCACCCGUCGGAGAUGCGCUUCGACAACAAGCAGAAGACGGCGAGGGGAGAAGUCGAGAGGGCUUUCGGCAGACUGAAGGGGAUGUGAAGGUUGUUCCUUCGCUCCCACAAGACCAACAUGGAGACGUUGCCGCAGCAAUUUGUCGCCGUCUGCAUUCUGCACAACAUACUCAUCGACGCGAGCAUCCCGUUCG